UGGUCUGUUUCUGCCUUGGAGCUGCCUGUCAUGGACUGAAUCUUCUAAACUAUGAGCCAAAACAAAUGUCUCCUCCUUUAGGUUGCAGAUAUCAGGUAUUUUGUUCCAGAAACAAGGAAGUGACUACAAGAUGGGAGCAUUUAUAGUGCUCAAGGCUUUGUGCUAAGCCUGGGGAGAAGCAGGUCCCAAGCCUUGUCUUCAAAACCGACUUGACGCCAACCAUCCAUUUCUACUUCAUCCUGGCUAGGGAUCCAAUCGGGGCUUCAAGUGAGCUAGGGUUGAAAAAUACAGGCCUAUAAAGCUGAAUGAAAUUGUUGGAAAUGAAGACACCGUGAGCAGGCUGGAGGUCUUUGCAAGAGAAGGGAAUGUGCCCAAUAUCAUCAUUGCUGGGCCCCCUGGAACCGGCAAGACCACCAGCAUCCUGUGCCUGGCCCGAGCCCUGCUGGGUCCCGCGAUGAAGGAUGCGGUUCUAGAGCUCAACGCAUCCAAUGACAGGGGCAUUGAUGUUGUGCGGAACAAAAUCAAAAUGUUCGCCCAGCAGAAAGUGACGCUUCCCAGAGGCCGGCACAAGAUCAUCAUCCUGGACGAGGCUGACAGCAUGACAGACGGUGCCCAGCAGGCCCUGCGGAGGACCAUGGAGAUCUACUCCAAGACCACCCGCUUUGCACUGGCCUGCAAUGCCUCGGACAAGAUCAUAGAGCCCAUCCAGUCCCGCUGCGCUGUGCUGCGCUACACCAAGCUCACCGAUGCGCAAGUGCUUGCGCGGCUCCUGAGCGUCAUUGAAAAGGAGGCUGUGCCCUACACAGACGACGGCCUGGAAGCCAUCAUCUUCACGGCACAAGGCGACAUGCGGCAGGCACUGAACAACCUGCAGUCCACUUUCUCGGGUUUCGGCUUCAUCAACAGCGAGAACGUGUUCAAGGUCUGCGACGAGCCGCACCCACUGCUGGUGAAGGAGAUGAUCCAGCACUGCGUGAGUGCCAACAUCGAUGACGCCUAUAAGAUCCUCGCCCACCUGUGGCACCUGGGCUACUCGCCAGAGGACAUCAUCGGCAACGUGUUCCGUGUGUGUAAGACUUUCCAGAUGGCCGAGUACCUGAAACUGGAGUUCAUCAAGGAGAUCGGCUAUACCCACAUGCGUGUGGCGGAAGGUGUGAACUCCCUUCUGCAGAUGGCGGGGCUGCUGGCCAGGCUGUGUCAGAAGACGAUGGCGCCGGUGGCCAGUUAGAGCAAAGACGUCACCAAUGCAGCCAGAGGACCCCCAGGGCAGGAGGGCUGUGGCCUCUGAUAGGAAGAUGUGCCUGACUUGGAAUUCUGGUGGUGUCCAGGCCUAUGACACAUCCCACUCCAUGCAUAUCCAGGUGCUGUUGGCAUUGUAGCAAUAAAGCUAGACCAUGUUUGUCCUA